AUGUUCAGUCGAUUCACCCGGCCGCAGAGCGCUUUGCGCGCGGUUUCCUCCUUGUCCGCCAAACCUACCUCCGCCUUCUCACGCUUCCAGACCCGUUCUUUGCACCGUAUCCCCCAAUUGCAACACGAUGCCUACUACAAGGAGAAUGGUGUGCCGGAGUUCCUCUCGCCCGAGGCUUUUGAUUUCGCCUGGACUCAAUACCAGACCGUGCUUGUUGACAAGCUAAACCUGUUGACACAAGACACCGUCGACGCGGACUCCAAGCCCGGAGAAUUGCUGGUCAAGUACUCUCGGCGUCCGGAGAUGGCCUCGGUCUUCAACUAUGCCUCAAUGGCCCACAACAACCACUUCUUCUUUAACUGUGUGUCCCCCACAGCCACCACCAUCCCCGAGAAGUUCUCCAAGGACAUCAUCGACACCUGUUCCUCCGUCGAGUCCCUGAAGAUGGAUUUCCUCGCCACCGCAAGCUCCAUGUUCGGCCCCGGCUUUGUCUGGCUCGCCAAGAACCUCGAGCGUGAAGGCAUGAUGCACAUCUUCUGCACCUACAGCGCCGGCUCGCCCUACCCAGCCGCCCACUCUCGCCGCCAGCCCAUCGACAUGGCUACCCACACCCCCGAAGCCCAGCUCGGCAACCAGUUCGCCGGUUCCAUGGGCGCCCACGCUGAGAACCAGAAGAGCCUCGCACCCGGCGCUCUCGACCUCCAGCCCAUUCUCUGCGUCAACACCUGGGAGCACGCUUGGAUGAUGGACUACGGUAUCGCCGGAAAGGACGAAUACCUUGAGCGUUGGUGGGAUCGGAUUAACUGGGAUGUGGUCUUCGAUAACUACAAUGCCGUCAGCUCGAUGAAGGGCUCGCGGAAGUCCAUCACCCGGAAUCGGACCAUGGGCAUGCUUUGA